CUGGCCGCUCCCGGCAGCCCGCGCGCCGCCCGGGGGCCUCGGAGCACGGCGGAACCAUGCCCAGGUCCCGGCGGGACCGAAAGGUCUCCCUGACGCGGACGCCCCGGAAGGGGCUGGAGGCCAAGCAGGCGCUGAUCACCGAGCUCCGCCGCUGUGUGGACACCUACAAGUACAUCUUCGUGUUCUCCGUGGCCAACAUGAGAAACAACAAGCUCAAGGAUGUCCGGAACGCCUGGAAGCACAGCAGGAUCUUCUUCGGCAAGAACAAGGUGAUGAUGGUGGCGCUGGGGCGGGCGCCGAGCACUGAGUACAAGGAGAACCUGCACAAGGUCAGCAAACACCUGAGAGGGGAGGUUGGGCUCCUCUUCACCAACCGCACCAGGGAUGAGGUGGAUGAGUGGUUCUCCAAGUUCCGAGAGGUGGACUUUGCCCGCGCUGGGAACAAGGCACCGUACGGGGUGAGCCUGGACACAGGGCCCUUGGAGCAGUUCCCACAUUCCAUGGAGCCGCAGCUCCGGCAGCUGGGAUUGCCCACGGCGCUGAAGAAAGGGGUGGUGACACUGCUCUCAGAUUACGAAGUCUGCAAGGAAGGGGAUGUUCUCACCCCGGAACAGGCCCGUGUCCUGAAACUCUUCGGUUAUGAGAUGGCAGAGUUUAAAGUCACCAUCAAAUUCGUGUGGAAUUCUGAGACAGGAGACUUCCAGAAGCUUGUUGGAGACACAGCAGAGGAAGAGGAGGAUAAUGAUGAUGACAGCAACGAGGACUAGCAGUGUGGACACCAGGCAGUUCUAUUCUAUUUUAGAGACAAAAAGAGGAGGAUGUUUCCCUCACCUGUCUGCAGCUGGACAAGGAUGAUCAGCUCAAAUGUGCUCUUUGUAAAAAACGAUCUAACUAUGCUUUUUUUAUAUAUAUAUAAAUCUGUAUACAAAACUUCAGAUGGUUGUUGCUGCUGCCUGUUCCUGUUUGUGUAUCCCAGGAUCUGAGAAAAUUCCACCUCACAUGUGAAAACCGGGCAGAAAGGGUGUAAAGUUAAUGCAACUUCAAUGUAGCACAGUGGGGAAAAUGCCAAGAGUUUGUUAUUCUGACAUAGAAGAAGAUAAUUUAGCUCAUCCCUGGAAUUUUGCCCUCUCCCUGAAAGAGUACAAGACCAGGCUGGAUGGAGCUCUGAGCAACCUGGGCUAGUGGGAGGUGUCCCUGCUCAUGGCAGGGACUGUGAUGAGAUGAGCUUUAAGGUCCCUUCCAACCCAAACCAAUCUGGGAUUCUAUGAUCCCAAGUCCCCAAGUGCUGCCAGCCAGGUUACAGGUACAGGUCAGAGAUGGGAGCUGUGUUAGAAAGAGGUUUUAUUCUUGUACGUAAUUAUUUAAGAUUUCACAUUAAAGCAGAACUGGGGUUUUCACCCCAUUAAUGUGUUCA